GAACGGGGGGAACUGGGAGAGAAUGGGAAUGUGGGGGGAACCAGGACAGAAGGGGAGCCCCGGGAUAGAGCGGGACCUGCUGGGACCCCCGGUGUGGGACUGGGAGAGAACAGGAACCCCGGGGGGAAACUGGGACCUGCUGGGAGCCUGGGGACAUCCCGGAGCCCCCGUGUGGAACCGGGACGUGUUGGGACCCUCAGAGUGGAGCUGGGACGUGCUGGGAGCCCCAGUUUGGAACUGGGACGUGCUGGGAGCCCCAGUUUGGAACUGGGACGUGCUGGGAGCCACGGGCAGGACGAUCCCGGCAUGGAGGAGGAGAGCCCGGUAGGUGCCACCCGCUGUGCCCCCGGUGCUGAACCGGGCACGGCCACCCCCACGGGCACCCCCACGGCCCGGGCCCCGCGCGAGGAGGAGGAGGAGGAGGAAGAAGAGGAGGAGGAGGAUGACGAGGACGUGGCCGGUGACACCGAGGACAUCCCGCUGCUGGCAGGGGCGGCCCCGCGACAGCAGCGCCCCGCCAGUGAGGAUGAGGACGGCUGGGAGGCCACCCCCUCUGUCGCCACUGUCGCCGCUGCCAGCGCGGACGCGCGCGGCCCGGAUCUCUUCGAGCGCCUGCAGCACGCCGUGAGCUCCCUGGAGCGCGCCGUGUUCUCCCGCCACCGGCAGCCCCCGCCGUGGCCGCCGCCCGCCCCGGGCUGGCACCGAGCGCUGCAGAGCCUGCAGGAGCUGAGCCGGACACCGGGCUGGGCGCGCCGCUGGCGGCCGGAGGUGGCGGCGGGCCCGGGGCUCCCGGUGGAGGUGGCGGCGGCGGCGGCGAGGAACGCGAGCCUGCGGGCAGCGCUGGGCCAGCGGGACGAGGAGCUGGGCACGGCCGCGGCCGCGCUGCGGGCGCUGCGGGGCGAGCGGGAGCGCCUGCAGGGCAAGGUGCGGGACCUGCGGGAGGCUCUGGCCAGGCUGGAGGAGCUGGGGGGGUCUGGCAGUGACGUCCUCGGGGUCGGUGACACGCCCGGGACUGGCGACACCUCCGGGACCGGUGACACUCCCGGGGCUGGUGACAUCCCCGGGGUCGGUGACACUGCCGGGGUCGGUGACACCCCCGGGCCCAGCAGCCCCCCGGGGCACCGGCCCCGCGCGCCGCUGUCCCCACAGCCCUCGGCAGAUCCCGGCCGGGAGCAGGAGGAGCGGCUGCAGCAGCUGCAGGGGGUGCUGGCGCGGCUGCAGGAGGCGAACCGGGAGCUGCUGGCGGCGCUGGGCGAGUGCAAGGGCGAGGCGGAGCGGCUGAGCCUGGAGCUGGGCUGGAGAGAGGCGCGCUGCAGCGGGCUGAGGCUGGCACUGCGCUGCAGCGAGCGCUGCGGGGGGGCCUACGCCGCCCUCCUGGACCUGGUGCGGGCAAGGAUGGCACCGGAGGGUGGCACCCGUGGGGCGGCACUGCCCGGACCGUGCCCGGGAACCGCGGCGGAACCGAGCCCGGGCCGUGCACCGGGACCCGGCCCCGCCACACCGGAACCGAGCCCGGGCCGUGCACCGGGACCCGGCCCCGCCACACCGGAACCGAGCCCGGGCCGUGCACCGGGACCCGGCCCCGCCACACCGGAACCGAGCCCGGGCCGUGCACCGGGACCCGGCCCCGCCACACCGGAGCCCCCGGAGCCAGCGGAGCCGGACAGCCGUGAGGACCCCGCGGACAGCCCCCGGGGGAUGGAGGAGGGAGCGCUGCGGGAACGCAUCCGGCGGCUCCGCGCCGAGCAGGCGGCGGUGGAGGGGUCCCUGCUGGACGCCCCCGAGCCCGCGGAGCCCCCCCGGGAGCGCGACCCCCGGGGCCGGGCGGAGCGGGCGCUGCGGGAGGCGCGGGCGCUGCUGCCCGGCUGGAGGCGGCCGGACAAGGAGGAGCUGCUGCAGGAGCUGGCGGUGCUCAAGGAGGCGCUGGCGGAGCUGCGGACGCGGCUGCAGCUGGCGCAGAAGGAGAAGCGGGCGCUGGAGCUGCUGCUGGCCGCGCACGGGCCCCGCGAGGCCGCGCUGCGCCUGCUGCUGCGGGAGCGGCACCGGGAGCGGCACCGGGAGCGGCACCGGGAGCGGGAACCGGAGCGAGACCGGGACGGAGCCUCCGGCAGCAGCUCCGGCAGCAGCUCCGGCAGCAGCUCCGAGGAGGAGGCGCGGAUGGGCCGGGGGGCGGCGAUGGCCCCGGGGAACCCCCCGGACCCCCGGAGGACGAGGGAGGAGCUGCUGCGGAUCCGGGAGCGCACGGAGCAGCUGCGUGGCCGUGCCCGGGAGCUGGCGCUGGCCCUGGAGCGGGGCAGCGCUGCCAGCCGUGCCCAGCAGGGACACAGCGCCAGCGUCACCCUGGAGCUGCUCCAGGCGCACAGCUCGCUGGCUCUGGCGUACCGCGGGGCGCGGCGCAAGCAGGCGGAGCAGCUGCGGAGGCUCCGGGCGCGGGCGGCGGCGCUGCGGGGCCAGCACGGCCGCAGGGAGCGUGCCCUGGCCCGGACACUGCGGGAGCGGCAGCGCGGGGCGGAGACCUGCAUCUAGGGACACGGGAAUGGAUGGGGACAUCUGGGAAUGCAGGGGACAUCUGGGAAUGCACGGGGACACGGGAAUGCAGGGGACACGGGAAUGGA